AUGUGUGGGGAGGAGUUGUUCGUGUUUCAUUUUGUUGUGGCUUUUCCUUGUUGGGUCAGAAGAGGUGACUUCCAGCCCUUCCAAGCUGGACCAGAAACCGGAAAUUCUCCAGCGAACAAGCACAAGCCGUGGCUGGAGCCCACCUAUCACGGCAUCGUCACCGAGAAUGACAACACGGUGCUGCUGGACCCUCCGCUCAUCGCCCUGGACAAGGACGCACCCCUGCGCUUUGCAGAGAGUUUUGAGGUGACAGUCACCAAAGAAGGUGAGAUCUGCGGAUUUACGAUUCACGGGCAGAACGUCCCCUUCGAGGCCGUGGUGGUGGACAAGUCCACCGGAGAAGGGGUCAUCCGCUCCAAAGAGAAGCUGGACUGUGAGCUGCAGAAAGAGUACACCUUCACCCUGCAGGCCUACGACUGCGGGAAGGGCCCCGACGGCGCCAGCGUCAAGAAGUCCCACAAGGCCACCGUGCACAUCCAGGUGAACGACGUGAACGAGUUCGCGCCGGUGUUCCGCGAGAAGGCCUACGAGGCCGCGGCGGCGGAGGGCCGGCGGCCCGACAGCCUCCUGCGCGUGCAGGCCGUGGACGCAGACUGCUCCCCGCAGUUCAGCCAGAUCUGCAGCUACGAGAUCCUCACGCCGGACGUGCCCUUCUCUGUGGACAAGGACGGGCCCGCAGGCUGGAGCAGCAGGGUGGAGUACGAGCCGGGCACGGGCGCGCUGGCCCUCUUCCCCAACAUCGGCCUGGAGACGUGCGACGGGCCCGUGGCCUCGGUGCAGGUCACGGUGGCGCUGGAGACCGAGCACAUCGGGAAGGGCUGUGACCGCGACACCUACUCCGAGAAGUCCCUGCAGCGGCUCUGCGGGGCUGCGUCUGGCACCGCCGAGCUGCUCCCUUCCCCCGGCGGCUCCUCCAACUGGACGGUCGGUCUCCCCACGGACAAUGGCCACGACAGCGACCAGGUCUUCGAGUUCAACGGCACUCAGGCCGUGCGGGUGCCCGACGGCGUGGUUUCCGUCAACCCCAAAGAGCCCUUCACGGUGUCCGUGUGGAUGAGGCACGGGCCGUUCAGCAGGAAGAAGGAGACAGUCCUCUGCAGCUCAGACAAGACAGACAUGAACAGGCACCAUUAUUCGCUGUACGUCCACGGCUGCCGGCUCGUCUUCCUCCUGCGCCAGGACCCUGCCGAGGAGAAGAAAUACAAGCCGGCCGAGUUCCACUGGAAGCUGAAUCAGGUGUGUGACGAGGAGUGGCACCAUUACGUGCUCAACGUGGAGUUCCCGAGCGUGACCCUCUACGUGGACGGCGCCACGCACGAGCCCUUCUCUGUGACUGAGGACUACCCGCUACACCCGUCCAGGAUAGACACGCAGCUCGUGGUGGGGGCCUGCUGGCAAGAGUAUCCGGGAGUUGAGAGUGACAAUGACACCGAGCCCGUGGCCCCCACAGGUGGGGACCUGCACAUGACCCAGUUUUUCCGAGGGAACCUGGCCGGCCUGACGAUCCGUUCCGGGAAGCUGGCGGAUAAGAAGGUGAUCGACUGUCUGUACACCUGCAAAGAGGGGCUGGACCUGCAGGUCCCCGAAGACAGCGGCGGGGGCGUGAAGAUCCAGGCCAGCCCCGGCCCGUCGGUGCUGACCCUGGAGGGAGAGGACGUUGGGGAGCUGACCAAGGCCAUGCAGCACGUUUCCUACCUGAACUCACGCCAGUUCCCCACGCCCGGGAUCCGGAGACUCAAAGUCACCAGCAGGGUCAAGUGCUUCAACGAGGCCCCCUGCAUCGAGAUCCCCCCGGUGGACGGCUAUGUGAUGGUUCUUCAGCCGGAGGAGCCCAAGAUCAGCCUGAGCGGCGUCCACCACUUCGCGCGAGCGGCGUCCGAGUUUGAAAGUCCAGAGGGGGUUUUCCUCUUCCCCGAGCUCCGCAUUAUCAGCACCAUCACCAGAGAAGUGGAACCCGAAGGUGAUGGGGACGAGGACCCCACAGUGCAAGAGUCGCUGGUGUCAGAGGAGAUCGUGCACGACCUGGACUCCUGCGAGGUCACGGUGGAGGGCGAGGAGCUGAACCCGGAGCAGGAGGGCCUGGAGGUGGACACCGGCCACCUGCAGCAGAAGCGCAUCGAAGUGAGCAGCUCCGACCUGGGCGUGAUUUUCACAGGCGUGGACACCAUGGCCAGCUACGAGGAGGCCUUGCGCCUCCUGCGCUACCGGAACUGGCACACCAGGGCCUUGCUGGACCGGAAGUUCAAGCUGGUCUGCUCGGAGCUCAACGGCCGCUAUGUCAGCAACGAGUUCCAGGUGGAGGUGAGUGGGGCCGGCCGAGGGGGGCCGGCAGCCUGGGCUGUGCGCCCGCUGGGCCCUCGCGCUGCAGGGCCUGUCCUCAGGCUCGUCGUGGGGGUGGGAGCCUCUGCCCGCCGGGCUGCUGCAGCUUCCGCAGGACGCGUGGGGUGGCCGGGCGCGGCUCGGUGCUGCCUCUGCCCAGAGCGGGCCCAGGCGCCUCCAGCGGGGGUGUCAGGAGCAGGUGGCGGGUACGGGAGGGGCCGGCUCAGGCGCCCCGUCUCUCGCCAGACCUACGAGGACCGGCACAGCAGCGAGGAGGAGGAGGAGGAGGAGGAGGAGGAGAGCGAGGACGGGGAGGAGGAGGACGACGACAUCACCAGCGCCGAGUCGGAGAGCAGCGAGGAGGAGGGGGGCGCCGAGCGCGGGGACCCGCAGAAGGGCGCGCGGCCGCAGCAGCUCGAGUGGGACGACUCGACCCUCAGCUACUGAGCGCGCCGCGGCCGCAGGGCCUCCAUGUACAAAGUCCUUCCGGCCAGGGCGGCCCGGGCCGGCGCCGCCUCCCUGCUCGUAGGCCCCACCCCGCCCGCUAAGUUAUGAGCAGCAGCCCCCCUCGUCUGGUCGCCCCGCCCCGGCAGGCCCCUCGCACUCCAAACAGCUGCAGUGACUGGACCCGCGGAAGGGUCAGAAUUGCCCCCGCCACCCCCGUGGCCCUCCGUUCUCUUUUUUUAAAAGUUUUUAUUUUUCCCGAACUAGUGCAUGUAUAAAAUGGCAGAAGGGGGUUAAUAUGUAGAUGAUGAACCGACUUUUUAAUAUUUUGUAAAUAAAUCGGGGUUCCUCGUGUCCUUCGUGCUAGUGUAAUCCAGGACUGGAAUCAAAGUGAAGUUGGGGACACUGAGGGCAGGACAGACCCCAGGCUCCUGCUCCCCCGCCCCACCCCGCUGCUCCCCCUACUAGGAGCCGGCCGCCCCGAUGCUCCUGGCCCCGGGCUGCUGCCGGGGAGUGACAGGGAGCCCUGUGGAGGGGAGCAGGGUCAGGGCCCCCUGCGAGCUCGGCUCAGCCAGGUUUUCUCUGGGGACGCCACCCCUGGCGCCUGGCAGCGGGUGCCACGACCGAGGGGGCCGUGUCCUUGCUGGUGAGAGGACGCACUCCGGCGGGCAGCCCAGCCCUUCGUGGGGAGAGGGCGUGGCCGGAGUGACCCGCACAGCCUGCUCAGCACCCACGGCCAAGGGCCCUGAGCCCCACGGGCCGCACCCCCACCCAGGGUCAAGCCACACCGGCCACCGGGCAGGCGGGCAGGGGAGGGCGGCCCCCAGCAGAAACCCCCAGCACUCCCAAUUCCUGUAAACGUCUCUGAAACGAAAGGAAGCCCUUUGCAUACCGAUCUGUGACCGCGACCCCGGCCUCGAGGACGUGGCCGGCUGUCCCGUGGGCGCGUGGCGUCCUCGCGUCUGGGGCUGGGGCCCUGUGUGGGCCGGGCGGGGCCGGCGCGGGCCGGCCUGGCGGGCUGGGCGGCCGGCGUGUGCCCAAUAAAGCUCUGGUUUUAACUCCA